AUGGAAGAACAAAAUGUUAGUGAACCAAAUCAAAAUACAACAUUAGCCGAAGAAGAACAACUAUAUUUGCAAGCAGCUUUUCUAUCUGAUGUGAUGCAAAUUCUGAACCCAGCAGUUGAUAAUGUUGAGAAUGAGUAUAUGCAGCCUGUACUGCUGGAUACAACAUCAUUGUUCAUUGAUCGUGAACUUCCACAACCUGCUGAAUAUGUUGAAGAUGUUUCUAACACAUUUGGUGCUACUCAACCAAUUACCACUAACGAUACGAUGCGAUUAGACAAAACACCAAACAAAACUACGACUCGAAAGCAAAAAACCAAGCGCAAAUUUAUUCUUCCUGAGUUUGAUGUGCUAGAGAAGCCGGUCGAAUACACUUGGGAAGCAUCUCCGGAAUCAGCCGAACUCAUCUAUAACGAUCGAAGAAUUCAAGUAAACAUGAAAGAUUUUAAUGUCCUUCAAUAUCUCGGCCAGGGAAACUUUGGUUGGGUUGCUAGCGUUAAUAUUACGGGACAUCUUGAUGUUCGUAUGGCCGUCAAACGCAUUACACUUUCAACAAAAGAAGAACGAGCCUCUGCAAGGCGUACUGAACUAAAAAUGAUGCAAGAAUUAGGCUCCUGCAAGUGUCCAUAUAUCAUUGACUACUAUGGUGCAAUGAUUGAUACAUACCAUAGUGAACUGUGUAUUUGCAUGGAGUUAAUGGAUACAACAGUCAAGAAAUUCUAUGAAACUAUGCAUCUACUAGGAGAUAUUCUUUCUAGCAGUCUUGACCGUUUUCUAUGCCGUCUGAUCCAUAAUAUUGCUUCGGCACUUGAAUUCUUGGCACAGAAAAACUAUCUUCAUCGAGAUAUCAAACCAGACAAUAUACUCCUAAGUAUUCUUGGUUUCUUUAAACUAAGUGAUUUUGGUACAUGUUGCGAAAUAAAUGAAACGAAUUCGGUACAGAGUGGUCUUAUGGGUACUAUUGCCUAUUUUUCACCUGAACUUGUGAAAGUACCGUCAAAACCGAGCUCUAUUCAAAGUGAUAUGUGGGCUUUGGGUAUUACUUUGCUCGAAAUUGUCAUCGGCAAACAUCCAUGUCUUGCUUCGAAUGAUUCUGAUCAGUAUUUGAAAAUUGCAACAUGGAAUCCAGAAGUUCCCACGAUGAUCAUCUUCGACUAUAUGCAAAAGUUUAUUUUAUACUUAUUGAAGAAAGAAUCUGAACAGCGACCUGGUUCUUAUAUCGAGAUUCUCAAUAUGUCUUUUAUUCGAGAUCUAUCUGAACAACCAACCAACGACGAAUGUAAUUUUGUUGCUGAUGUAAUGCAGAUUAGUUAUGAAUGUACCGGUUAA